GCGAAUUCCUGAGCCUCCGGAUCAGAGAGUCCGUCCGCUGCCAGCUGCUCGUCCCAGCCGCCGCCGCACGCGCCUGCCUCCCGGGGCGCGGAGAUUCCAGGGCCGGGGCCGCGUCCCGCUCCGGGGACUUGGAGAAGCGCUGGGGCCGCUCCCGUCCCAGGAACUUCUCAGACCCGGCGCGAUCCAGCUGCGAUCCAGCUGCGGCGGGCGCCGCGCUUUAGAAGCAGCCGCGGAACCGAGUGCAGCAGCAUGGAUCCCGGCAGUGAGGUCCUCACGCAAGACACGCUUCCCAAGCACAUCCUGGAUAUCUGGGUCAUUGUCCUCAUCAUCCUGGCCACCAUUGUCAUCAUGACCUCCUUGUUGCUGUGCCCGGCCACUGCGGUCAUCAUCUAUCGCAUGCGGACUCAUCCUGUCCUCAACGGGGCUGUCUGAGAGCCUGCUGAGAGCGGGCAGGGGAGGGAUGAGGGCGGCGUCCCCUCCCUCAGGCUCUCCCGCUUUAUCAGAGAAGCAGCAGGAAGGACUUUGGAGUGUAGACUCUGAAGCUUGAUAUGGGAGGGGAGACCUGAGUUCUGGUUUUGAUUCUGCCACUGACCAGCUGCAUGAGUUCCACUGGGGGACCUAAUUCCAUGAGUUCCAGGUUCCUUACCUUUCAAAUGGGGAUUGCAAUCCCUGCCCUUCCUACCUCAUAGGGUUGUGAGAACAAUGACGUGGUGGAGGUUAAGGCUGUUUGUGAGCAAUGAAGCCAACACCGAUAUACAGGUGUUACUGCUGGAUGCUGAGAAGCUCGGAAGAACCAAAGAACCCAAUUACUGAUGAUGGCCUUCAAGGUGGCGAGGGAGACAAUGGGGCCAGAGCAGCCUUUGUCAGUGCCCCUCAGGUCAAACCAAGCAAAGGCACUCUGUCCUCAUUCCAAGGGCCCAGCAGCGCACUGGCUCAAAGCGAUUUUCUUUGAUGUGCCACUCCCUCAAGUUUUCUAAUUUGGGAAGGAAUUCAUCAUGGCAGUGGGAGGGAGGGGGAGGGGAACUUUCCAGGACUUUCUCUGUGCCAGAACCUCUGCCGGUCUACAAUCUGGAGGAGGGCUCUGCCACGUCCUGGCGAUGCCAAGGGAGCUAGGGCAACUCUUUCUGCUCUGGAGUCUCAGAGCUCUGACACUCCAGCAAUGUUGGGAAAUGCAGGGUAGCGGAGUUCCCCGGCCAGCUUUCAGCAUCUCCAGUCCCCAGCGCCUCGUGACCCCGCUGCCCCAGCUCCUGCUAGAAUUAGCUCCACGGUAUAUGUACCCCCUUCACUCACUCCCACCAGCACUGCAAACAAUCCGAGGUACAGACUAAUGUUUUAAGAGAUGUUCCCAGGACUCUGGAAACUAGCUCAAAACAAUAAUGGUUAUUUUAGAUGCUAUGAUUUAUAUUUAUAUAAAGAGAUUUCUGGACCACUCAAGCUCUUUGACUCAAAUCAGGAGCCUCAUUGGAUUUAUUAAAUUAUGUAAAAAGAUAGCACAGAUAUCAGGAUAUUAUUGUGUGAACAUGAUGCUUUUACUUUGACCUGAUCUCAUUGAUGUACACAACCAAUUUCCAAUAAAGUACUAGAACGAG